UUUCAAGAUUUUCUUUUCUCUGUGGGUGACUUACGCGCCACACUCCACCUUCAAGGAUCGAAUGUUGUCAACGCCACACUCCAUGAUGUUCUGGCAGGCCGAGACUUUCUGCUGAUGGCAGUGACUGUCCCUGGUCCCCCACAAUGGUCCAGGAUAACAAAAGGAGCAGCUGAGUCAUCAUGACUUGUCCACGGAUUAGCAGCGUGCCCUUUGACCCCAGCUCACAGCCAAUGAGAAGUCAGAAUCCUGCCUCUGUAGACUUGGUUUGGAUGUGAAUGUAUAUAUAUAUCCCCACUCAUAAGGUCGGCGUCCAUCAUUUUCUCUAAAGGUCGGCCAUUCCUUCAAUUGUAACUAGCUGAUCAUGUCUCACUCAGGUGCUCAAGGCAGCAUAGGCAGCCACUCUGCCAUUGGGCUGCGCAAUCACAAGAUAUACCUCUAUGAAUACGAGAACUUCCAGGGACGUAGGAUGGACCUGUUUGGAGAGUGCCGUAACCUGUGCGAGAAGGGCAUGGAGAGAAUCGGCUCCAUCCGGGUAGAGAUUGGACCCUGGGUUGGGUAUGAGCAGCAGAACAUGACCGGUGAGAUGUUCAUACUGGAGAAAGGAGAGUACCCCCGCUGGGACACCUGGUCCAACAGCUACAGGUGCGACCGCAUCAUGUCAAUCAGACCUCUCCGGAUGGACCCGCAGGACCACAAGAUCUGCCUGUAUGAAUGUGCAAACUUUGAGGGUCGUAAGAUGGAAGUGUGCGACGAGGAUAUUCCAAGUUUGUGGUCUUACGGCUUCCAGGAUCGUGUUGCCAGCAUUCAGGUCACCGGUGGAACCUGGGUGGGUUACCAGUACCCUGGCUACCGUGGCUACCAAUAUAUGCUUGAAAUGGGUCCUUUCAAGCACUGGAAUGAGUGGGGAGCCCACCACCCUCAGAUCCAGUCCAUCCGCCGCGUGAGAGACAUGCAGACGCACCGCAGGGGCUGCUUCGAAAUGACCGCAUAGAGGAGUCCAGCUGACUAAAAAGGAGGGAAUAGCAAGGGUGAAGUCAUGCUGCUAAAAACAUCCCCUGGAGACCCUUCAGCAGCCACAUGGCCACACCAGCUAACAGCAUUUUAAUAUUGUUUCCUGGUAGGAUUUGGAAGUAUGUGGCGGGGUGAACGAUUCUGAAUGGGAUGAAAAGUUCUUAUUGUCACAGACUCUCAGAGUAACUGUAACACAGGUUUAAAAAAAAAACAGUAGCAAAGCUCUCUGUCUACAGACCUCAUGGAAAGAUUAUAUGAUUUAUCUGAACGGGGAUUAAAGGGGAUUAGUGGAUUUAAUGGUUUGUGUUUAUUAGUUUGUUUCAAUGCUAUUUUUCCAACCAUACCUGCAACUCUUUGAUUUUAUUUUUAUUUACUUGAUGAUGUAUUUCAAGCUGAAAUGAUGUCACUAAGCCUGUUCAUCACGGAGCUCUCCUUCUCCUGGGAUCCAUAGUAUAGUCUAGAAUAAAGGUACACAUAUCAUAUCUGCUCACAAAGUACUACCAUGGACAGCUCUCAACCCAACACAUGGCCUGCAGUUAUUUCUCCAGGCAGAGGGAGGCACCAUAUCCUCAUCGCAAAGCAACAGCCUCAGAGACUGGACGGCAAUGCUGGUUAAUCAUUAAAAUAGACUUAAAAGGAAGAAGAAGAAAAAAGAGCAGUGCAGAGCUGUGGGUUGCUGAUGUGAAUAUCUUUUGGCUGGCCUGUUUCACCUCACUGAUGGGGCUGUCCAGAAGGUUUGCAUUUUAAAUGUUCUCAGGGAUGCUGGCAUCUGGAAAGCAACUUUCCAAUGGAAAAAUAAAAGAACUGUACCUGAAAGCAA